CCUGCCUGAGAGGCUGCUGUGGACAGUGGCUUCUUACCUUUAGAUGAGGCUAAAGUAAAAACUGUCCAGAAGAGGGGUUUUAUGUUUGUUGGAGAGGAAGGACAACACGGCUCGUAUCUGACGGAGCGCAGUGAAGCCGGGGUUGUGUAGUUUGGCCCCUCGGUCGCUGCCAUGGGUUGCUGUUACAGCAGCGAGAACGAGAACACAAGUCAGGACCCUGAUGAUGAAAGUAAGCCACUGAUCCCCCCAAACCCUGCCAGCAAACCUCCAAAUGGGACCGACUGGAUCACGACCAGCACCCCCUCAGCGCGGACAGAUGAACAGGCCCUUCUUACAUCCAUCCUGAAUAAGACUGCACAGAAUAUCAUAGAUGUCUCAGCAGCUGACUCUGUUGUGAUGGAGCAGCAUGAGUAUAUGGACAAAGCUAGACAAUACAGUACGAAGCUGGCUAUGUUGAGCACUAGCCUGCCCCAAAAGAAAGCCCUCGCUCUCCCCUCCCUCACCAGCCAGCCCCACCAAGUGCUCGCAAGUGAUCUGGUGCCAUACUCGGAUGUUCAGCAGGUAUCCAAGAUAGCAGCAUAUGCUUACAGUGCAAUCUCUCAAAUCAAAGUGGAUGCUAAAGAGGAACUGGUGGUCCAGUUUGCCAUUCCCUGAUUCUGCGCCUCUGGCCUGCAUAUUUUUCCUCCCAUCUCACUCUGUGUGUCACUCCUGCAUCUUCAUCCUCCAGCCCACCUUUUAUUAAAGCAUUUUGGUCCAUGUGCUUCUUAGCGGUAGUUCUAACAGUAAUAAAGACAGGAGACUAUGAAGGAUUGUACCCUCUGGCUGUCCCUUUAUCAAAAUGUGUCCGUGACAACUGGUCAAUUGUCAAAUUAGUAAUGGGAGAUAGUUUACUGUGUGGGUAUAAUCUCAUACUUCAACAAGGCCUAUUCUGUAUGCGAUGGAUGGAUCACAGACUUUGUGUGUGCUAGAUUCUGAACAAGAUCAUCUUGAUCCAUACAAAACCAAAUUUUUUUUAGUUUUUCAGGAUUUUCUGAGAAUAUUUACGUUGUAUUUUUUUCUUUUUAAAUCCCUAGCCCAAAUGCUCAGGCAGGCAAAGCUACUUUCGUAUCAUAGUGUUAUCCAAAGGCAUGGAAGAAUGCACAGUUUAUUUGGGACAGAUCAGGGAUCUGGGACAGGGAUCUUCUGAACAAUAGACAUUUUCACAAUCAAUUAAGUGCAAAUGCACUAGUUAAAGGGGGGAGGGGGGCACUUGCAACAUAGCUUUACAUGUGUACAUUAUGUGAGUUGAGCUAUAUACUGUUAACCUGGAAGGCCAUCUCAUUCUUUAACUUUGUUUUUUUUAAGUUGGAAAAAAAUGGUAAUUAUAACCAGAAAAGGCAAAUAUUUAAUUUCAAGGUUAAGAUAUCGCUCUAAUUCUAACACAAUUCUAACUCUAAUUCUAUUGUAUUUAGGUAAUUUGGUGCCAAUCUCAACCAAGAAAUCACACCAAUCUGUUUGACUGGAGUAAAUUUAAUUGACUGUUAUUUUUUUUUUUUUUUAUAAAUUAACCACAAAUAUGGAGUCUAGUUGUGCAUUGCCCAGUUUGUAAUCUGUAUUUUCCUAUUAAGGCCCCGUCAUAAGUGAACUGCCCAUGGGUGGUGGUCUCUGGUGGGUGAGGAUGCAGACACAAGUAGGAUGGUGCUUCCUGGAAGGGACUAAUGUCACUGGGAAUGGGAAGCGGUCCUUCUUGGGGUGCAGUGCUUGAGUUUACAGACAGUAACGUGCAGGUUUAGAUCCCUAAAGAUGAACUUUCCAGAACCUGACGUUUUUAAUAGCAGUGGAGGCAGUCGGUGAUGAAGGGAGUGGCUGCAUGGGGGGAUGCAGGAACUGAUGUUGUUUAUUCACGCCUUUGUACAGACUUUUCUGAACGAUUAUAAAAACAGAUGGAUUGUAUGAAGUUGCUUUUUGUGUCCAGAGUUCAUUGGUCAGACUUGGCAAAGACAUUGUGCUGAUGAGAGUUUUUAUGAAACACAGCAACACUUUUCAGGCCGUUUGCUUUUACACAAAGCAUUUUGCUGCAGAUUGUAAAAAUAUUAAGUUCAUAUUAAUCAGAAACUAACCAUUGUAGCAGUUUGGGAGAGUGUUAACAAUUAAUGUACCACAGCAGAUUAAAUUAUCUCAGACCUU